UCUUCAGAUUAAGUGGUUCUCCUUGCUUAUGGACAUGUUUGACUGUCCAGUCUCUUCUUGACUUUGCUCCUGAGUUAUAGACUCGCUUUGGACUAGCUGACCCUGAGUCACCCCUGCUGAUAUCGAGGAUGUUGGGCUGUGCCAGACGUUGCAAACAUGGGUUAGUGAAGUUUGCUGUGUCUGUGAGCAAACUGGUCACCGGAACGCUCAUUAAAGAUAAGAUCGAUGAUGAUUUUGAGCUGUCGGUAGUGUGUCAUCGUCCAGAAGGUUUGGAGCAGUUAGAGGCACAAACAAACUUCAGCAAGAAAGAACUACAAGUGCUGUACAGAGGCUUUAAGAAUGAAUGCCCCAGUGGAGUUGUCAACGAAGAGACGUUCAAACAGAUCUACUCACAGUUCUUUCCUCAUGGGGAUGCCAGCACAUACGCACAUUACCUGUUCAACGCCUUUGACUCCUCCCAAAAUGGGUCCAUCAAAUUUGAGGACUUUGUAACAGCUCUGUCCAUCUUGUUGAGAGGAACAACAACAGAGAAGUUACAGUGGACGUUCAAUCUGUAUGACAUUAACAGAGAUGGCUACAUUAAUAAAGAGGAGAUGACGGAUAUAGUGAAAGCCAUAUAUGACAUGAUGGGCAGAUUUACGUAUCCUGCUCUGAAGACUGACACACCUAAACAGCAUGUGGAUGCUUUCUUUCGGAAAAUGGACAAGAACAGAGAUGGAGUCGUCACACUGGAUGAGUUUAUUUUCUCCUGUCAAGAGGAUGAAAACAUCAUGAAAUCGUUGCAACUCUUUGAGAAUGUCAUAUAGCCACAGGAAGAGGGGGAUGAAAGGACGAAAAGAGAAAUCAGUGAGAGCGAAAAAAAGAAUGGAACAAAACCUAUGAACUUUUGAAGCUGAUAAGUUUUCUGUAAAAUAAUGAAGGACUAACUUUUCCCCCAUCGCUAUGGUAAUCUCUUUGGCAGUUGGAAAGUUCUAGAAAAUGAUUAUCACCUCCUUACCUUGGCAAUUUGCCAAGUGUUUGCUUAAAGGAGAAAUGUGUAUUUUCUGCACUGAUAGAGGCACCAGACGAAAUUUAAAAAAUUAUGAUUCUUUUCAAACACUCUGCAUCUCUUUCAUUGAUUGGAAAAACAGCUGCUCCAAAAUCACACCACUGGUUGACCAAUGUUGCACUAAUGGGCUGGUUUGGAUGCACAAACCUACAAAUGACAUACAGCACAGUUGAAUCUACAUAUUAAACUGGGAUGGGAGAAAGUAUUUUAACCUCACAUCACCUUUAUUCUGCUGGAAAGCAUUACCUUUUUCAUUCAACCCAUGCUGUUUAACCUCAACUGACCUCGUUUUGUUGCAGAAAAUUGUAAGAAUUAGGUUCAUAACUAAAAACAAACAAGUUAAAAGUGUGUCAGCUACUUGAAUCAUGUCAAAGCAACAGAGCCAAAUACAACAUAGACAGCCAGCCAAACUCUUUCUGCAGAACUGAAUUACUGUGAGGUAUUUGGAAGUAUAUCAUUGAUAUAUGUAUGAAUGUAUUUUAAUAUGUUUAAAGGGACAGUUCACCCAAAAAUGAACAUUCUCUCAUCAUUUACUCACCCUCAUGCCAUCCCAGAUGUGUGUGACUUUCUUUCUUCUGCAGAACACAAAUUAAGAUUUUUAGAAGAAUGUCUCAGCUCUGUUGGUCCAUAGUGAAUGUGAAUG